CGCAAAUACACUAAUUUAGAAAGGUAGUCAGGCGCCAAGUAGGAGACAGUCGUGUCAUAUCUAUCGCCCCUAGAAGAUCCCAGUGGAGGAUGAUCAGUGCCUGAAAACCCAUUAAGCUGAAUGCAUUGUGAUUUCCAAUAAUUGAGACAGUGAUUCUGAAAGCUGUCUACAUUAAUGAAAAGAACAAUGUAGUCAGCUUAGCAUUUUCUCCUCUGGUACGUGGUCUAUACAGGGAUGUGCUUCUGCAUGAAUUGUGGCAUUAAAUAAGAAGGAAGGUUUCUCUACAGGUCAGAUUUUAAACACACUAUAUUAUUAGUCAGUGCACGUUGUAGUGGCUCACAGAGAUGAACAUGGAGAUAGAUGAUGUUCUACCCCCUCUCCCCUUGGAGCCACCUGAUGAUUUUGGCCGAGAUGAGGGCAGAGCACCUCCACCACCUCCCCUGCAAACGUCCAGUGACGCAGAGGUAAUGGACGUUAGCUCUGGUGGUGAUGGAUACACAUACACCCCAGAUGACGGGGAAGCCCAGCCACAGCAGCCCCUCAGCAAGGGCUCGGUCACUUUCUGUAGCCACCGCUCAGAUGAGGCCGGUCCCGUCCCCGUGUGCCCGCGAACGGCUCGUCACGCUCCCCCGGUCACCAAGUUCCUACCAGAGCUCAAGCUGCUCAGAGAUGUUAAGAUCCGUGUGAGCUUCACCGAAAGCAGCAGCAGCACCAGCAGCAGCAAUAGUAAAGACAGGAAGGUUCUGUACACAGGUGAAGGGCAGGAGGGAGGGAGUGUUGGUGGCUUAGACGGCCUGAACGGUGAGUUGCAUGAGGCAGCUGAGGGAAGCUCUGGAGCAGGGAACAUAUGCAGGAGGUCAGAGGAGGCUGAGGUAGAUCUGGAAAACAAGGUAGAGUAUGCCGUCCUGGAUGAGCUGGACGACUUCUACGAGAACUUCCUGGAUCAAGACGAUGGGGAGCAAGGCGGCUUUAAGUCUGAGGUCAUAGCUCAGCAGGAGCACGCAGGUGACGAGGCCGUGGCUUUCUCAUAUGAGGAGGAGUUUGACAACGAUGUCGACGCUCUGCUGGAGGAGGGCAUGCCAGUGCCAAAAAAGAUGCGUCCAUCUGAUGACAAAGAUGGCGUGGACAGUGAUCAUCCAUCAGAUGGUGAAGAAGGAGGUGUUCAGCCUAUGAUGACCAAAAUUAAGACUGUCCUGAAGAGUCGAGGGCGUCCACCCACUGAGCCUCUACCUGAUGGAUGGAUCAUGACAUUCCAUAACUCAGGCAUUCCAGUCUACCUACACAGAGAAACUCGAGUGGUCACCUGGUCCAGACCAUAUUUCCUCGGGACUGGCAGUAUUAGGAAACAUGACCCUCCCACCAGCAGUAUCCCUUGCCUGCAUUACAAGAAAAUGAAGGAUCAUGAGGAAAAGGAGCUGAACGGGGAGAUGACAACUGAUGCAGUGGAGUCUCCGGUAAAGCCCAUGCAGGAGGCUAAUGGUGAAGAAGGAGCAGACAUGUUGGAUGCUACAACCGAGGAGCAGUUAGACGUCCCUCCCUCCAUUUUGACUGACUUUGCCCCAAAUGGAGAGGGUACCACUGACAACAACCUGCAGGUUAAAGUGAUCCGACCUUUUGACAUUGCCCACGGAGCCUUAGGACAAGUCAGGGCAAAGGUGGAAGUGUGCAAGGAUGAGUCAGUAGAUCUUGAAGAGUUUCGUGUGUAUCUGGAAAAAUGCUUCGACUUUGAACAAGUCACUGUCAAGAAGUUUCGUACUUGGGCUGAGCGAAGGCAGUUCAACAGAGACAUGAAGAGGAAGCAGGCGGAGACCGAGAGGCCCAUCCUGCCCGCCAACCAGAAGCUCAUCACACUGUCAGUCCAAGAUGCCCCCACUAAGAAAGAAUUUGUCAUCAACCCCAAUGGAAAAUCUGAAGUUUGCAUUUUGCACGAAUAUAUGCAACGUGUCCUCAAGGUUCGACCUGUUUACAACUUUUUUGAAUGUGAAAACCCAAGUGAACCCUUUGGAGCGUCAGUCAUUAUAGAUGGAGUGACUUACGGCACAGGAACCGCAAGCAGUAAAAAGCUUGCCAAGAAUAAAGCUGCUCGAGCCACACUGGAAAUCCUCAUCCCUGACUUUGUGAAGCAGACCUCGGAGGAGAAACCUUCAGAAGGCGAUGAACUGGAGUAUUUUAAUCAUAUCAAUAUAGAAGACUCAAGGGUGUAUGAGCUGACCAACAAAGCAGGACUACUUUCGCCAUAUCAGAUUCUUCAUGAGUGCCUUAAAAGAAACCAUGGGAUGGGAGACACCAGCAUUAAAUUUGAGGUGAUCCCAGGAAAAAACCAGAAGAGUGAAUAUGUGAUGACGUGUGGGAAACAUACUGUGCGUGGCUGGUGCAAGAACAAGAGGGUUGGAAAACAACUAGCGUCUCAGAAGAUCUUGCAGAUGCUUCAUCCACACGUCAAGAACUGGGGCUCACUGCUGCGCAUGUAUGGCCGAGAGAGCAAUAAGAUGGUAAAGAAGGAGAACUCUGAUAAGAGUGUGAUCGAGCUGCAGAUGUUUGCCAAAAAGAACAAGCCAAACCUUCACAUCUUGAACAAACUGCAAGAAGAAAUGACAAAACUGGCCACGCAGAGGGAGGAGACAAGAAAGAAACCCAAGAUGACCAUAAUGGAGUCCGCCCAGCCAGGGAGCGAACCUCUGUGCACGGUGGACGUCUGAGUCUCGGAAUCACUGAACCACGGCACUGAAAACCCCAGUCACUGUCAGACUUACCACACACCACCACCCAUCACUUAAUUAUGCAUCGCUGAGAUCUAAUGGCAAUAUAGUUCCACAUAGAGCAGGCUGGUAGAACUGCUUUGCUUCCUUUGUUCACGUUGUUUUGGAUCAGCUGGUAGAUGGAAGGGUAGGACUAAAUGCACACAACAGACCGUAGAGCAAAUAUCAUCUACCUCUUUAGAUGCACCCUUGCUAUGGCACCAGGAGAAAAAGAAAAAUCGCCCAGGGUGCAGAGACGUUAACAUGACUCGACAACAGAUGAACCACAUCAAAAUGAAACUGCAUGCUUCUUUGACUGCAAGAACCACUACUCCGUUGGUUUUGUUUUGAAGUGUUUUAAAAACAGUCGGCGAACCUUAUACCCGCCCCUCUUAUUAGUUUUUGUUUGUGCUUCAAGUAUUUGGAAGAGACUACUAAUAUUAGUGUAUUUAUACCAUUCAUUUAAUUGGGAAACAAAGUCACUUGUUUAUACUGUAUUUUAACUCUAGGUGUUCUGGAUAUUUUUUGGUGAAAUACAAAAAAGUUGUUUCUCCUCAGAACGGACAGUUGCUGUCUUGGUUUGCACGAUAUAAAAUUAAAAAAAUCAUGUUGAAGUGAUAACUUUUCAGAGCUAUUGUCAUGCACUUGUUUCCUGUCUGAUAUUUUCGUUGACUGAUCAUGCUGUCGGUACAGAAAUAACUGCGUUUUUGGAAUGUUUGGAGAUGACUCCUUGUAUCUGUUGCCUUUUUUUGCUUUGCUAAUGCAACAACCUGACGUCCUGCUCCCCAGGCUAAGGGCCCGGUCACACAUACAGGAAUGUUUCAGUGGUGAACGCCUCCUGUUCACUUCCAAUCUGUGGGAGUGAGGGCGCAAGUAAAGCACUCACUUCUUGUGGCAAAACAAAUCGCAGCGUGGAAGUCUGACCUUUCACAGCUUUCACACACAUAUUUUUGACGGUGCCCUAAAACUUAUGUAAACCCAAGCACACGGCCAGUGUUACUGAAAAGGUGAAAGAUCGUUUACACUCUUAGUUCUUGCUAGCUUUUUCUUGUACUAAAGCCAUGCACACAAUAUAACCACGUAACUGUUGCUUUUGAUUAAAAAGAAACUCCCGUUGGCUACAUGUUGCCUUAGUUAAUCCAUUUCAUGAAGGGUUCAGAGUAAAAACAGCACAUUGGACCUAAAACACCCUUCAACAGGGAGUGGAAAGACCAAGCCCCCCUUAACUUGAUGAAGCAUUUAUUGUUUAGCCAGUUAGUAUUUUUCAAAGAAGACAGCCUAGACAACGUAUGUGCAGAUUCUUUUCAAGACUCAUCUUACUGGGUCGUGUUAUUUUGUUUGUUUACGUCUCCUAUUGUCAUGACAACAGAUCAUACUUUUUUAACCAUGAGAAAAACACUUUUUUUUUCAAAUGGCAGCCUUGCAAAAUGUAGUCGGCACACUGACAUAAAAAAAAAUGCGAUCAAGUCGUUGAGUCCAACAGAAGCUGAUGAGAACUGUGUAUACCAAAGCUUACAUGCUGUCUUAUGCAUUUAUAGAAGAGUAAAUGUUGCUGCAAACUGAACAUUUAUAACAAAGGAUAAUACACAAACACAUAGGUUGCUGGAUCAAAAUAGAAACUGCUGUCAAUUAAUGGGUCUGUUCCUUUUUCCUUUUUUUUUUUCAUGAGGACACAUCAGUUUAAACACAAGGCUGUUGUGAUAUUGUAGUUUGCUUUAAGAACGUGCGUUCUCUGUGUGUAGUCUUGCCAAGUGUAUGUAAGUGUGAGAAGACAGGAAAAAAAAUAAUGCUUUUAUAUGUGUUGCCGUUGAGUUGUACCAAUGAAUCGUUUGAGAUGUUGCCUAGAAAAAUGAAGUAUGUAUUGCAAUCUGAGCUCCAUGACUUCAGUGAUAUUUGUUAUGCAAAAAUAAAAUAUCUUGACUAAUGA